GCCGCAUCUGUUUAGUUUUAAACACACACACACACACAUUGAAUUUAAACCUUUGAAUUAUACAUUCAUAGAACAUAAACAAUUGUUGACGAUUCAUUCAACAUUAACCCAUUAAACGAGUGUUAAAUUUUUUUUGAUUGUUUUGAUUGAAUAUUUUUGCAUCAAAUUUCAAGUUAAAUAAAAACUUUAAAAUGGCCACCGUCAGUCGGAUGGCUGAAAAUCGAAUUCAUAAAGGUUCCAAAACAUCAUCAUCACCAUCAUCAUCUUCAUCAUCAUCCGCAACAGGAAAAAAGAGUACACAAAAUGCAUCAAAAUCCGGCACAACUGCAUCCAAUUCGUUUCAAUCAAUGUCAUUAGAAGAGAUUCAACCUGAAUUACUUGCUUAUGGUCCUAGUGGUGAUAUGAUAACUAUACAACAUGAUGUACCAGCAAAAAAAGCAUUUCAAUUGCUCAAAGAUGCUAAUAUGUUGGAAUUUCCUCGAGUUGUAUUUAUUACUCAUGGAUUUUGGGGAAGUGCUCGUUCUAAAUGGAUUCAUGAUUUGAAGCAAAAAUUUUUCGAAGAAUCGGAUCAAACAUUUAUUAUUUUAGGUUGGGGUAAAGGUGCUGAACUACCUGCAUUCAAAUAUGCACAAGCCGUUGCCAAUGUUGAAACGGUAGCAAAAUGGUUUUCAAAUUAUGUGCUCGAAUUGAAAAGAAAAAAUAUCACCAAAACCAUCAGUAAAGGUUCCAUUUGGGGUAUCGGUGAAGGUAUUGGUGCACAUAUCAUGGGUUUAGCUGGCAGAUGGUCGCAGCAUGCAUUCAAUCGGAUCACAGGAUUGGAUCCAGCCGGACCGGGAUUCGAAUUGGUUAAUGAGAAUUUAAUGUUACGUAGUGAUGAUGCACCGUUUGUCGAUGUUGCUCAUACAGAUUCUCAUCAUGAAUUUCGAUCAUCAGAAAAUUAUGCCUUGAUCAACAAAUAUGGAACAUUAAAACCAUGUGGUACUUUAGAUAUAUACGUCAAUUAUGGCUAUAAUCAACCAAAUGCAGCCGAUUUUACCAGUGCUGGAUCACAUUUACGUUCAAUCGAAUUAUUUGCCUGGAGUAUUGAAAAUCCGGGUGAAUUACGGACUCAAUUCUGUUUGAAAGAAACGCCAUCAAUUGAUAGGCCAGUUGAUAAAAUUAAACGUACCGUACAACCAGCUGAAAUGGGAUAUUGGGCCGAUCCAAAAGCAACCGGAUGUUAUUAUCUUGAAACUAAUGGUGAAGAACCUUGGAAGGAAGGAUUUUAGACACUGGGACAAUGGAAAGAAAAUGAUUUCCAAAGUAUUUUUUUUUUUUUUUGAAUAACAUCAUGAUGAUGAUGA